AUGGCUGAACUUCCCACAGACAGACUCGAACAAGUCCCUCCAUUCACCUUCAGCGCCGUCGAUUAUUUUGGUCCAUUUUAUAUAAGAGAAGGGCAUAAAGAGAUGAAACGAUACGGAGUGUUGUUCACCUGCAUGGCCUCACGUGCCAUCCAUCUGGAGAUAGCAACUUUGUUAACAACUGAUUCAUUCUUGAACGCCUACCGUCUCUUCGUUUGUCGUCGCGGACCCAUUCAGCAACUAAGAUCAGACCAGGGUACCAAUUUCGUAGGCGCAAAGAAUGAAAUGCAAGCAGCCCUCAAUGAGAUGAAUCAUGAGAAGAUCCAAAGAGAGCUAUUAAAGGAUAAUUGCGAUUGGUUCGCAUGGAAGAUGAAUGUUCCACACGCUAGUCAUAUGGGUGGCGUGUGGGAAAGACAAAUUAGGACAGUACGAAGCGUAUUAACUGGACUACUGCAAAGCCAUGGAAGUCAAUUGGACGACGAAUCCCUGAGGACCCUCAUGAUUGAAGCAGAGGCUAUUGUCAACAGCCGUCCCCUUACCACAGAUGAUCUGUCAGAUCCAGAUUCACUUGAUGUCCUAACACCAAAUCAUCUUCUAACGAUGAAGAGCUCAGUUAUCCUUGCACCGCCCGGAAAUUUCCAAGGAGCCGAUGUGUACUCAAGGAAACGUUGGCGUCGGGUACAACAACUUGCUAACGAAUUCUGGCAGCGUUGGAGAAAGAGCUAUCUGCAAACUCUUCAGACCAGACAGAAAUGGACCACACCUCAGAAGAACCUCGAAGAAGGAGAUAUCGUGAUCCUAAAAGAUGAAAGUGUUCCCAGAAAUUCCUGGAAGCUUGCCCGUGUAGAGGUUACUUACCCGGAUGCAGACGGUUACGUACGAAAGGUAAAGGUGGCAGCAGCAGAUCAAUCCCAAAGGUCCAGGGUAUCCCAUUUUGAAAGACCAAUCCACGGGUUGAUUCUACUUAUGUCACGCAAGGAGCAGAAGGACCGGGGAUUCCCAGCCGAGGAGCCAGCCGAGGAGCCAUGA